AUGAGUGUGCCACAUGCAUUUACAUCACCAUCAAGUUCAUGCAUCAUCGUAGAAAAGGAGUUGUUUAGAUUGCUAAAGGAAAAGUUGGGUACAAAGUUCAAUUCCUUUGUGUCAGAAAAGUUGAGUGUGGUACCAGGAGACAUUUCUAAACAGGACUUGGAUUUGAAGGACUCCAUUCUAAUGGAUCAUAUUUGCAAUCAAACUGAUAUUAUAGUUAAUAUUGCUGCAACUACUAAUUUUGAUGAAAGAUACAAUGCCGCAUUUGAAGCUAAUACUAAUACUAGUAGGAUGAUCACUCUUAAUGGUUCUAAUUAUGGUUUGUGGAAGUCAAAGAUGAAAGAUUUGCUUUAUGUUAAGAAUUUUCAUCAACUAGUGUUUGGUACAGAGAAGUCUAAUGAUAACUCUGAUGAUGAGUGA